AUGAAUAACUCUACAGGGAACUUCACCACAUCUACAAACACCAGAACUCAUUCCAUUGGGCUUGUGGAAUAUGUGAACAUAUGUUCGCACAGCUUUAGUUUCCUUGUUGGUCUUCCUACACACUUAUAUGUUGCAUGGCUGAUCAUGAGAGGAGCAGGAAGUGGAGUUGCAUUAGAGUUCUUCAUCCUCAAUCUCUCUAUUGAAGAGAUUGGUUUCAGCAUGUAUUGUUUGACCUCUGUACUGUCAAAAUGGUUUUCAUUUAUAGUGGAUUUGAAUCUAUUUUUAGUAGGACUAAUCAUUAGUGGCCGCCCUCUGUUUCAGUGUCUGAUCUGUGUUGAGCGUUACCUGGCAGUGGUUCAUCCUGUAACCUUUCUGAAGUACAAACCUCUCAGAUAUAGAGUCAUCUGCUGCAUUGCAACCUGGAUUAUUAUUCUUGGCUAUUGUUUGAGCUGCCUGUUUAUUAUACCCUCGCACACCAUUGUAUAUUUGUGGUUCUUGUCAGUUCAGUUCUCCCUCUUCUUCUCCGUCCAGUUGUUUUGUCUCGUGGCUGUUCUCAGAGCUCUGAAGCACUCAGGACCAGGAGAGAGAGCGAGAGAGAGAGGGGAGGAAAACCACAUGAAGAGAAGAGCAUUUUAUCUCAUUCUCAUAACAACCGUGACAAUGGUUAUCACAUAUGUCCCAUAUUGUAUUGCAGGAUUCUUUACCAUUGUCACAAACCAGCUUAUUGAUGCACAGUGGUUUUCUGGUUGGCUUUUGUACGUGCUUGGUGGUUUUGUUCAGCCUGUUCUUUAUCUGCACCGGGCUGGAAAACUCUCCUGUCUCUUGUAA